UUUGUUUGAUCAACUUUCUUGUCAAGAGCCUUUUCAUACGAGAAUCAAUCAAGAUGUUCAAUUCUUCUCCAACAACAUAUACAUUCGGAUUCGGCCAAUCGGCAAGUGCUGCCAGCCCCUUUGGGUGUCAAUCAGGUUUUGGGGCAAACACAGGCUUAAGCAAUUCGAACCCUUUUGCCCCAAGUGGUGCAACUCCUUUCGCUGCAUCAACAGGGGCAACCAUGUUUGCUGGAAAUUCGACAACAGGGGCAGGUGCAUUCAGCCAGCCUGCUAUUAACAGCACCCCAUUUGGGUCUGCUUCAGUAUUUGGGCAAACCACAGGAUCAUAUGCUACUGCAACUCCUUGUGUUAGCGCAUCAACAGGGCUAGCUACGCCGUCCGCAAAUUCAGCAGGAUUCCGCAAGUUGACCAACAACGGCCCUUUUGGGUCUCAAUCAGUAUUUAGGCAGGGUAGCAACUCAAGCAACAAUAACUUUUUUGGCACUGCUGCAACCCCUUUUGCUACAUCAACAGGGGGAAGCAUGUUUUCUGGGAAUUCAUCCGGUGCAUUUGGAGCAUCAUCCACAACUGCUCCUUUGUCAACCACCUUUGAAACUUCAGCCUUGUCUUCUACAGUUUUUAGCCAGGCGCGUAGCAUUGCACCUGUAGUAUCUCAAUCAGCAUUCGGGGAAGUCAACAAGUUUGGCGUUAACAAUUUUUUUUCCUCCAAACCAGUCACAGGGACUCCUUUUGGUAGCAUCAGUGGAGGAAAUUCAACCUCCAAAUCACCAUUUUCUUUUGGAAUCUCAACAACUACAACAGGAGCACCUAUCUUCAACAACACUGGAAGUUUGAUUCAACCUUCUCAAUCUACAUCAACUAAUCAUGCUUUUGGGAGCAGUGGUGUGCUGGCAUCUGGCACAAGCCACCAUUUAGCUCUACUGCCCUUGCUUUUAGUUCAAAUGGCGCACCUUUUGUAUCUGGGAGUGCAAUUGGAUCUUCCAUAA